UAAAGAUCAAUACAUGGACGCUUUUUCAAUCAAUACAAUUACCCAUCAUGGAAACCAGAAAACAAGAACGGGUCAUUUAAAGGUUUACAUUUCUACACACUUAUGCAUUAUUACUGACAUAUUCAAAUUAAAUGUUGGAUUUAACCUUAGUUUUAGGGUAAUAGAAGAAAACCACAGAGCUGAGAAAAAGAGCACAGCACAAAAAUGGUAACAGCUGCGAAUAAAGAGAAAUCCGUCGAUAGCCUUUGUUGUAGUUUUGCAUUUUUUCUUGUAUGCGCAUGCAUGUUUUUUGUACUGGGAGGAAUUGGCAUUCAAUAUUUUUCUAACGAUGAGACAUGGGAUACUAGUAAAUGGUACCAGUUGUACAUCGGCGCCUUUGUUAUAGCUCCAGUGGCGCUGUUAAAUUCUCUAUGGGCAUGCAUCACUGUAACCAAAGUGAGGGAAAACAAACAGAAAGAGAUUGAUGAUUCAAUUGGAUGCAUAUGGUUAUUGCUUUUCUUAGCUGCUGCUGCAUUUGUUGUCGGUGCAGUUUUCCUUGGUGGUUUUUCUGAACAUUCAAGGGCUUUGCAUGAAUGUGAACGAAAUGAAACGAAGGCUUUAAUCACGACCAGUUUAGAAGAUCACUGUAGUGAUGCUACAUACAAAGCGUUUUGCAUUUGCUUCAUUGUUGGUCUAGUCCUUUUUGGUUUAACUACUUUAUGUAGUUGUUCAUUCCGAUCAAAAGAAAAUGAGAAACUACAUUCACGUUCACACCAGGUGGCGCCAAAGACGUCAGCACCGAAGGCAGUACCAGCCGUCAACAAGUCAGAUAACAAAGGAAAUCUAGAAAAUGAUCAACUUAAGACACAAAAUCAGACUUUGACAGGAGAAAAAGAAAAACUUAACAAACAGUUGAAGGAAACAAAAAAUCAGAACAAUUCGCUCAAAGACCAGGUAACAGUGCUUCAAAAAGAACUAACGGAGAUAAAAGAGUUAAAUUUACAGCUUCAAAUGCAGCUCACCAAGGCUAAAGAAACACCACAACGGUUAGAUUCUGAAGAUCUGUACAAUAGGGAAAGCUAUAAUCAGCCGCCUCCAUUAGCUUACACAAAUAUACCUUCAACAGCCUGGACAGUUGGUAGUCCCCCAUCUGCUCCUCCGCCGGAAUAUAGUGAAGUACCAAAUAAAUAUUGACACGUGUUGAAGUCAAGUAAAUAUUGACACGUGGAGUAGUCACUAUAAUAUUGACAAGUGUUGUGGACAAUAAGAUAUUGACACGUGUUGUAGUCCCUAUAUUAUUGACAAGUGUUUUGGACAAUAAAAUAUUGACACGUGUUGUAGCCGAGUUAAUAUUGACACGUGUUGUAGCCAGGUAUAUAAUGACACGUUGUCAUGUUUGUAGUGUUAAAUUAAAUUAAAUAUUCACACAUGAA